AAGCGUUCACCGUCCAUGUGAGGAGCGCAUCUCAUGCUUCCUCCGCGAAGCAAGGAAGGACAGCGCGCGAGACUCACGAGACAUGGCUAGGUUUUGCCCCAUUGAUGCCGCCCACGCCAUCCCCUUCGAGAUCCAAGGACCGUAGGCAGCGGCGCCGACCGAGGUCUCGGCCUGUCGGUGGAAACGUCUCCUCCCCACACACAGACACAGACACAGACACAGACACACACCCCUCCCUUGUCGGGUCGCGCGGAAUGGAAGAAGGCGCGCGCGCGAGGGAGCUCGAUGUGGCGGUGAGGGUGGUCCAGAUGGCGUGCUCCUUGUGCCAGAGGGUGCAGAGCGGGCUGGUGGGUCGGAAUAGGGAGCAGAUCAAGGUUAAGGAGGACGAUUCCCCGGUCACCGUUGCAGAUUGGGGUGUUCAAGCAGUAGUUAGUUUGGUUCUUUCAGAAUGUUUUGGCGGUGAAAAUGUAUCAAUUCUUGCAGAGGAAGAUGCCCAUACACUGUCAAGAAAGGAUGCCACAACCUUGCUGGAAUCUGUGAUUAGUACUGUAAACGAAUGCCUGAGUGAAGCUCCGAAAUAUGGAUUAAAAUGCCCUCCAAAACAUUUGGGGGCUCAGGAAAUUCUUGAUGCUAUUAACAGCUGUAACUCUUCUGGAGGUUCCAAGGGAAGAUUUUGGGUCCUUGACCCUGUGGAUGGCACACUUGGUUUUGUACGUGGAGACCAAUAUGCUGUUGCUCUUGCAUUGAUAGAGGACGGAGAAGUUAUCCUUGGUGUUCUUGGUUGUCCUAACUACCCGAUGAAGAAGGAGUGGCUCAACUAUCAUCAACGCUACUAUAGACUCAUGACUACGUUGUCUCCUCCAUCUGGAUCCUGGCAUAAAGGCUGUGUAAUGUAUGCUUGCAAAGGUAGUGGUGAAGCUUGGAUGCAACCACUGGUUCAUGACUUUGGGGAGUAUGACCAGCAGAGUUCUGCAAGGAUGAUUCGUGUAUCAUCCAUUUCUGAUCCUGCUUUUGCAACUUUCUGCGAACCAGUUGAGAAGGCCAACUCAAGCCACUCCUUUACAGCUGGUUUGGCUCACAAUGUUGGCCUAAGAAAGCAGCCAUUGCGAGUGCAUAGUAUGGUAAAAUAUGCUGCCAUAGCUCGAGGAGAUGCAGAGAUCUUUAUGAAAUUUGCAAGGGCUGGGUACAAGGAGAAGAUCUGGGAUCAUGCUGCAGGGUUGGUGAUCAUUCAAGAGGCUGGUGGAGUGGUCACAGAUGCUGGAGGGCAUCCAUUGGACUUCUCCAAGGGCAUAUAUCUUGAAGGUCUGAAUCGAGGCAUUAUUGCUUGCUCUGGACCUUUGCUGCAUGAGAAGAUAAUAAAUGCGGUCGAUGCUAGCUGGGACUCAUCAAAUUUAUAAGGAUCACAUGUGAUUUGUCAAGCAAGAUUGGAUAGCUUCCAAUUCGGAAGCUAGGACGGACGGACGAAAGCUACAGUUCAGAAGGAAGAUCCCGAAUUCCAGUUCGGAAUCAAGGGUCGAAGAUUGCUGUUUCGACUGAGCCAUGCUUAAGACAAGGAGUCAAUCAACUAAUAACAAGGUGAUCGAGGAGGAACUGUGCUGUGUUUGUGCAAAGGGAUUAAAGAAUUGAUCUGUUGUGGGGCGUUCUCUCCGGGAUCUAAGAUCUAGUUGUGUGUUAGUAAUGUAUAAACGCAAUGUAAUCUAAUAUCUAUUUUUAUCUUAUCAACAAAGUCGAUGUCCAAUAUCAAGUUUUAAAAUGCUGUUAAAACAUCUACUACUGCCUUUAGAGCAAUGGUUUUAAACAUCUUUAUAAUUGCCCCAUAAGGUGCAUUUAUUUUCU